AUGUACGAGGACUGGCCCGUGGUGCUGGACGGCCGCGCGAGGCGGCACGGCUGCUCGGGGGCGCUGCCGCGCCCUCUCUCUCUGGGGCUGCAGGAGGCGGCCGAGGCGCCCGCCUGGUGCCGGGCGUGGAUGCGUGGGCACGCCUCGGCCAUGAGCGGUGGAGCCGCAGGCGGCGUCUUCCAGUACCUCUGCUCUGUUCUCGGCAGCCCUGGGCCCUGGAUUGCUGCCCUGGCCAGCUUUGAACUGUAUGCCAUGCACAGCAUCCGGCGACCGUUCUCUGCGGCCCACCUCGAGGACUCCUGCGGGGCCACGGCGGAGGCCGUCGCCACCUUGGAAGAGGAAGGCGUCGGGGCCGGGACGGGAGCGCCCUUGUCGACGCCGGUGGAAGCGCGUGCGGUCCUGCGCGCGCGGGCCGCGCAGGGCCGGUGGGCCCGACGAUGGGCCUUCGGCUCCGCGGGCGGCCACGCACCGAGGGGCCCGCCGCCAACGAGCAGCUUGGCCGACGCGCAGGCUGGGUCCCCUGGCAGCUCCUCCAGCUCCGCCAUCUCGCGAGCCGCCUAUAGGCGACGCGCAGUACGACAAGGACAUGAUCCUUCGCGAGCUCCUGAAGGCUCGGGUGGCCUGCCUGGGGGACCUGCGCGAGGACGCCGGGCCGCGGCGCGUGGGCUUCGCCACCGGCAACUGGGGGUGCGGGGCCUUCGGCGGCGACCCGCAGCUGAAGGCCCUGGUGCAGUGGCUGUCCGCGUCGUCCGCGGGUCGGGAGCUGGUCUACUUUCCCUUCGGCGACCGCCGCGUGGAGCGGCUCGGAGAGGUGGUGGACGCCGUGCGGGCCAGCGGCGCCCGGUGCAGGGAUCUGUACGACCUGCUGCAGGGGCACUCUCCAAACCAG